GUGCACAGAAUAGAUAGAUGGAUCAACAUGUCAGCUGUUUACAACAAAUUAUGUUCUUUGCUAUUGGAAGAACAUUUUGGACCUAUUGUACAGCGUGUUGGUACCGAUUUGAUUAAUAAUGGCGGGAGAUCAUUGCAUUUGAUACUGUCCACAGUAGAUCUACCAUCUGCAAAGGUAAAAGAAGGACUAUAUGUUCUUAUUAAGUAUGGCUUUGUCACUUAUCAUGUUGACCAAAAGACUACUUUAUACACAAUAGACUGCAAAAAAAUUAUUAUGAUUCUCCGCUAUCCAAGGUAUAUGUUUCUUGUGAAAACUCACUGUGGAAAUGAUAGUGAAAUCAUGCUAGAGGAAGUCUUGAAGCAUGGAUAUAUCACAGCAUCUGAUAUGAUAAUAAAGACGUACAAAAAAAUUCAGGAAUUACCUUCAUCUCAAGAACCUUCUAUUCCAAAUUUAAAGGAAACAUUUGAAUUAUUAGUUAAGAACCAAUUUCUAAUGCGUAGCCAUUCCUUUGACACAAUGCUGGAAGAUACAAAGCCCGAUUACAAUUUACCGAAUCUUAAUUUGAGAGCCAUUGCCAACUUAUUACAAAAUGAAAAGGGUGAUCCUGGAGAUAGCAAGAUAUAUUGGAAAAUCAAUUUUGAUCGAUUUACUCAAGAUCUUAGGGACCAAGUUGUUACAUCAGCCAUAAGUCGGAGACUUGAUACAAAUGCUGGAGAACUAAUGACGCAGUUGAUCAAUCUGAUGUACUUGCGCACUGCACCUUGGGCAGACACGUCAAAUCCAAUUCCAUAUACGGAGAUAAAGGAUGCAGUGAAGAAAUUGAAUUAUCCCGAACUGGAGCAAUAUCUCGAACAGUAUUUGCAUCUUAUAGAAGAAGACAACAGUCAAUUUAUCAUGCGAGUUGGUGAUUCCGGCGGAGGACAAUACAGUGUUAACAUGAAGAAUGCGUACAAUCAAUUAGCGUGGACAACUUUGGAAAAUAUUGUAACGGAGAAAUACGGUAGCAAAGCUGCGAGAAUUUUUCGAUUGGUCCGAAAUAAAACCUCUGUCGAAUUGGAGCAAAUCCAGCAGGGUGCAAUGAUGCCAGCGAAACAAGUUAAACUGUUAACGUAUACUUUGGCACAAGAAAAUUAUAUCCAGGUGCAAGAAAUGAAAAGAAGCGGAGUUUCAGCGGGACCAAUGAAGACAUUCUUCAUGUUUUAUAUCGAUCUCAAUCGAGUUGUUCAAAUGCAAGUUGAGCACUGUUAUCAUGCCUUGUAUAAUAUCAUACAGAGACGAGACCAUGAAUCAACCAGUAACAAACGCAUGAUAGAUAAACAAUUGAGGGUUGAGAUACUUACCAGUAACUUGAAAGAACACGGCGCUACAGAAGAACAAUUAGCUGAUAUUGCAGAAAUGAUGACUCCGUCUGAGAAGCAACAGCUUGAAAAAGUGCAAAAGUCAAUAAAGAAGCUAAGCGCCGCAGAACUGCUAAUAGAUGAAACCCUGUUUUUGUUACAUAUGUAUCAGCGUUAUCAUUAAUAACUAAUAAAUUAAUUUAUAUUUUA